GUUUGGGAGCGCGCAGGACCCGUCCCUACAGCAGCGAGCAGCAGCAGCGCAUCCAUCCUGCCGUGGAGCCGGGAGCGUGGAGCCGCGAGGAGCGCACACACAGAGCGACAGAAGAUGGACGGAGUGGGAUCGUUCGGAGCGGGCCGGUCCGGGUCCACUAUCGACCCGAUUACCUUCGCCAAGCAGCCGCAGACCAUCCUCAGAGUGCUGUCCUGGAUAUUUUCCUUGGUGGUCUUCGCCUCCAUCGUGAACGAGGGUUAUGUCAACAUGGGCAGCGAGCGACUCCACUGCAUCUUCAAUAAGAACACAGACGCGUGCAACUACGGCGUGUUCGUGGGCCUGGUUGGCCUGCUGGCAUGCUCCUUCUUCUUCCUGCUUGACUACAAGUUCUCCUCCAUCAGCUCUGUUAAAGACAGGAAGAAGGCUGUAAUGCUUGAGAUCGGCUUCUCAGGUUUCUGGACCUUUCUAUACUUUGUAAGUUUCUGCUUCCUCGCCAAUCAGUGGUCUCGGACCAGAGCUGAAGAGCUGCCACUCAACCAAGGAGCAGAUGCCGCUCGGGCAGCAAUCGCCUUCUCUUUCUUCUCCAUAAUCACCUGGGCUGGUCUAACAGUGCGUGCGGUCCAGAAGUAUCUGCUCGGCACAGACAUGACACUGUUCACCACCGAACACAUGGACGGUGGCGCACCCACCCAGCCAUACCCCUCCAACUCUCCGGGAGGCGGCGGCACCACCAUCGAGACCACGGAGACCUACCAGAGCCCACCAUUCACCGAAAACAACGCAGCACCCACAUACCAGGUUCCCAUUUACUAGAAAGGAUAGACCUGGUGAUGGUGGUGGAAGAAGAAGAAGACGACAGGGGAGAGGGAUGCAGAUAAGAGGAAACUGCUUUCUGUGAUGUUACACGUGCAGUUGUUUAUGUUGAUCCGGGCUGAGUUUUCAGUAAGCGUUGAAUUAGCGGCCUCUGAUUCCUCAUUUCUUCCUCUUGGUACCUUUUCCUUCCCGAACAUUCCAGUUUUAUCGUCACUUUUGUACGCCUCUCUGUGGAGCAAGGCCACAGCACAGGUACGAGAGCUGAUAAAUCAAAAAGAAAAACAAGUGGAGGAAAUGCAGAGCAGGAGGCCACUUUUGCCGACUUCAAACGCAUUUUGACAAAAAAUAAGUAUGAAAAAAAAGUGAUCAACAAGUCAGUGACUCCACCACAACAAAGCAGUAUUAGAUCCCUAAAAAUAGUGCAGGAGGCACUCGCAUCCAGAGAGCACCCUUGUCUUAUUCUUUUCAUUUAUUCCAAAUCCCCUUUCAUGCCAAACACUGCAGGGAAUCGUUUUUCUUUUUCUUUUUUUUGGUUGUUGUUUUUCUUUUUCUUUUUUAGCUAGAGUCUGGUCUUUCCUCGUAUGUUCCCUGCUGCAGUUAGAAACCAUCAUCUGCAUUAAAUCUGCAUGUUUCCAAACUUAGAGAUCAACUAAGUGCCAUACUGUACUGUGUGUUUCAGACAGUGACUUAAUUUAGUAGUUUUCCACAUGCUGUAAAGAAAAGAAAAACAAAAAAAACACAACGGCAAUGUUUUUGUGACCAAGUGCAAUAUUUCACAUUCUUAUGUAAGUAGGUAGAUGCAGUACUGUAGGUAAACUAGUUUAGGUCAAUUUCAGGUGCUGUCUCAAAUCACAUGCAAUUCUUUGGAUUGUGCUGAUAAGUCUCGACGAUCUGACCACCCUGGUGAUGUUUUGCAGGAAAUGGAAGUUGUAUCAGAUGAUCAAAGCGCUCCAGAGAGAGAGAGAAAGAGGGAAUUUCUCUUCCAUGGAAGCUGAGCUAUUAUAUAUAUAAUUAGAAAAG